GAAUUCAUUAAAAAGUGUAUUAUUUUUGUGAAGAAAUAUGUCUGAUUCUGCAGUUGCAACAUCCGCGUCUCCAGUGGCUGCUCCACCAGUACCAGCUGAGAAGAAGGUGGCCGCCAAAAAGGCAUCUGGAUCCGCUGCGGCUACUGCAAAGGCUAAGAAGCCCGCAGCGCCACCAACGCAUCCCCCAACUCAGCAAAUGGUUGACGCUUCGAUUAAGAGCUUGAAGGAACGUGGGGGCUCAUCGCUCCUGGCAAUUAAGAAAUAUAUUACUGCCGAAUACAAAUGCGAUGCCCAGAAACUAGCUCCAUUUAUCAAGAAGUACUUGAAGUCAGCCGUUGCCAACGGAAAGCUGAUCCAAACAAAGGGCAAAGGUGCCUCUGGUUCGUUCAAACUGUCGGCUUCCGCCAAAAAGGAGCCCAAGCCAAAGGUUGCAUCUGUCGAAAAGAAAGUGAAAACUAAGAAGGUGGUCUCAUCGGCAGCAGCCAAGAAAACAGCAAGCCCCAAAAAAGCAGCCGGAGCUGGCGACAAGAAGCUAAAGGCAAAGAAGGCAGUCGCCACCAAGAAGACCGCCGAGAAGAAGAAAACUGAGAAGGCAAAGGCCAAGGAAGUAAAGAAAACUGGAACCGUGAAAGCGAAGCCUGCUGCGGCAAAGGCCAAGUCGAGCCCUGCAAAGCCAAAGCCAAAAGCAAAGGCAGUAGCAGCAGCGACGUCUGCCAAGCCCAAGAAGACGACGAAAAAGCCCGCUGCUCCCGCGACCGUCAAGAAGCCGAAAGCAAAGACGACGGCGGCCAAGAAGUAAAUUGCGAAAUGGUACACGGUGGUGUACAUGGUCGCACUUGCACUCGAAAUUUUAGAUGUAUACAUCUGAAAUGGAUUUAAACAAGCCCUUUUCAG